UUGCAUUGGAAGUUGCAAGAAAAAUUGCACCGUGUAACAUGGCCUUAAUUCAAUCUCAAUCGUCACCUGCGGCUGCUUUCGCCAGCAGAUAUUGUUUGCAGGGCAUGCGGAAGUUCUCCUUCGUGUGAAUUCGUGUACCUAAAGAUCAUAUUUCAUAAAAGUUUUAUAUUAAACGAUCCGAAUUGUUAACAAACGUAGUCAAACUCUGAUAAGUUCAAUACAUGUCUGCAUCAAUUGCAUUUGUGUUGUUCGGUGUGGUAUUGCCUACCCUCGUACAAGGUCAAUAUUGUCCAAGGACGAUCAAAGAAGCCAACAAUUACUGUGCACCAGGAUGUACGCCUUUUAGGGGUUGUUCUUCCAGCAGAAGAGAAUGUAUAUGUGACGGAGACUGUGGUUAUAGUUGUAUCAAGAGAGGUUUGAGAUGCAAGCAUCCGGAACCCAGGACUCUCGCAAAUGGCAAGAUAGUCGUUAAGAGUCGAAAGUUUAACGACACAGCAAUUUUCACAUGUAAUCCAGGAUUUCUGCUUUCUGGUUCCAGUGUAAGGACGUGUCGUGGAAUGGGAACCUGGGACGGAGAAGAAGCCAAAUGUGGAAAAAACUGUGUUGAUCCCGGAGUCUCAAGUAACACUUUACGACGUGAGCCAAUCAGAAACACGAGCGAAGCGUUUAGGUUAUCAGAAGUACUACACUAUUAUUGUAAUGCUGGAUAUCUUAUCGAGGGAAAAGACAGUAUAACAUGUCAAGCAGAUGGAACAUGGGACGGCAAGACACCGCAAUGUUAUCGUGUAUCGUGUCCCCCACCAAAGCUUCCUGCUAAUUCUGAAGUUUAUUAUCCAUCUUGGUUUACCACAUCUCAAGGAGCCAAACAUAACAGUCGCAUAUUUCUAAAAUGCAAUCCAGGAUAUAUGAAGUUGGGAUCUUCCCAAGUAAUGACGUGCCACAAUCAAACAUGGAAACUGCCCGCGUCAUUUGAAUGUUUACCAAAAAACUGUGGCGACCCUGGCGUACCAGCAAAUGGCGGCAAGAACGGAUUAAUUUAUAAUUUUAAAAGUAAAGUCACAUUUUACUGCGACGAAUGUUACAAACUCAUCGGUGUUACUUAUCGUGUCUGUAACGCAGAUCAAAAUUGGUCGGACGAACAACCUUCUUGCCAGAGAGUCGAAACCAAAUGCGAAUCAAUAUCGAGCAUUCCAAAUGGCAAAGUUAGUCCCACCGGGAGUACAGAAUGUGGUUCGAAGACCUAUUUUUCAUGCGACAAAGGUUAUAAUCUGAUUGGAAAUUCCCAAAUCUCUUGUACCAAAUAUGGAAAUUGGUCAGAAAAAACACCAAAUUGUAAAAUUGUUUCCUGUGAACGGUUUGCUAUAUCAAAGAUGAUACAGGCUAAUGUGUCUGGUUACGAAUAUGGCUCGACAGCAAAGUUUAAAUGCAAAAGUUCCGAUUACGUUAUGUCAGGAGAGAAUUCUACUCUCUGCAUGGAAAAUGGUAAAUGGUCAAGUAAAGUUCCAGAGUGCCUAGCCCCAUGUCAUGUCCCAAACGAGAAUAUACCGCAGCGAAUCUAUAGAAGUGGCAGCAGAGCAGAGUUGAAGUGUGAGAAAGGCUUCACUGUCGUUGGCACGGUCCAUGGGAGAAUGCCAUUGUGUUCAAAUGGAACGUGGAUAUUCAAAUAUGGGAGGAUAUUCCCACAUUGUGAAAAGCAAACUGAUGUGAGAAAGGAAAGAAUUGAUUUUCAAAGAUCUCAUUAAAAGUACUUUCUGGUAAAACUUGUGAUAAGUGUUAAAGUAGAAACUAAAUGCAGAGAGAUCAUGCAGACAUUUAAAAACUGCUAAUUAAGGAGUUCUAGUAUGCUAAAGAUCAAUUAAUUUUGAUAUCAGGUUUAACGAGCGUACAAAACGCUCAUUUCAUUUUCUGCUGGCUUCCUAAUACAUUAUAUGACAUUGAUGAUUCAUUGUAACCUUCCUCUUAUAAAUAUUUAGUUGUAUACGAAUAUAGAAGACCUCUGAAAAUAUGACAUUCUAAUAAUAUAAUU